GCCAACACAGCCUCAUUGAACGAGCCAGGCGGCGAGGCUGGCAGAAUAUAUCUGGCAGCGGAGCUAACUGUUGACAAGGCUGGACUAUCGAUAUUAUUAAAAAGAACUAUCUAUUCCCAGCUAAUGCACAAAAAAUAAGACACCUAGUCUGAUAUUCACACUCUAACAUAAUAUGCCUCUACUCAACCUCCCCUGGGAUAUCCGCGAAAUCAUCCUCCACUACGCCGUCAACUCGCAUAGUCCGCCCCCCCAAUCCCCAUCCAACCCAGAACAGCGCGAGAAACAUCGCACAGGAAACUACGGCGAUGCCUGUCUCAGGUACCAAAAAGUAAAGCAUCAUCUCCAACCCGGCCCGUCCCUGCUGUUAGUCAACCACCAAAUCCACGAGGAAACAAAACUUGUCCUCCAAAAUCUCGGCCCGAUCAUAUACGCCGUCGAUGUGAUGAUCGUAAACGAAACAGAAAUCUGGCCAACAUGGCUCCGCAACCCAGUUUUGCCCGACCACGUUGACGAAGUGCACGUUACAUUCCGCCUGUUCGGGCACUGCGCGGAGAAGAAGAUAGAACCACUAGACGAUGUCUUCGAAGAAGCGCGCAGGCAUGGAAUACAUUUUGGCAUAUUCGAUUUAGCAUGGGAUUUUAUCAACGUGGGGCCAAUGUAUACAAGCAGCGCAUAUAAGCCGUUUGAAAAAUGGAAAGGAAAUGUGAAGAAGAUAACCGUCGACUUUCGAUCACAGGAUGGUCUGGAAUAUCCAUAUCCACCAGAGAAAAUCACAUACGAGCAAUGGGCCAGCAACUAUAUUGGGACUGCCCCGGUAGACGGACCAGAUCUAUCAUCGUAUGCGACGCGGCCAGAGUGGUUUGCAAGGCAUACAAUGGAGUAUAUGGCAACCAGGGUGACAGCUAACGGAAGUGGAUAUGGACGAGAAUUCCAUGAACGAAUUGGACAUGUUGAUCAUAUGGUGAAUGGGGAGCUGCGAGGAUCACAAUCAGUUGGCAAGAUCGUGGCUAAUUGUAACGAUGGAUGGUGGAGGGAAAGGACAAUAAAGAGGCGGAAAGAGACUGGAUUGGAUUGAUCAAUGAUAAAGAAAAUAUAGAUGAUAUAGACAGAUAGAUAUGGCCAAAGUGCAAUCAGUAUAUAGUAGAAGAUAAUGCAAUAGAAUGAUGACAUCCCA